CAAAAGCCCGAGAUCUUUUGUUGACUGCAAUCGACACGCCGUGUUUGUCAAACGUUCAGGCUCUUAUUUUACUGACGCUGCAUGAAUAUGGCUGUGCAAGAGGUCCAAGGAGCUGGAUGUAUUCAGGAAUGGCAAUCAGGUAUACAUAUUUCGUGUAAAGUAGGAGAUAAAGAAAUGACGUGCUUAACUGGAUAUCAUGUGUAGAAUGGCGAUGGAACUCGGGUUGAACAAGGAACCUGAUUUGGAGGAAAACUCGGGCAAAAACAUGUCAACCAAUCGAUGGACUGAACAAGAAGUGCAGCGACGGGUGUUUUGGUCUGUUUUUAGCCUGGACAAAUUUUUGAGCGCGUCAACGGGCCGACCGGGCGUUUUACAGGAGGAAGAUUGUGAAGUAUUGUUACCGUCAGACGAAGACGGAUGGUCCAAAGGACAAUUCUACACCGAAACCGUGAAUGGCAAUCGUGUCGUAGUAUUCAAUGUGCGUGCUCUACAAGAUAGCAAUUUGCUUGGCAUCUCCACAGCCAUUGAUCCGCCUAUACCACCAGCUAACAACAAGGAUGACACCAACAACCGACUCGGUUCGCUUGCAGAAAUGAAUUAUGGUGCCUCGUUGUUGGGACGCGUGACGACCUUUAUCAACCGUGGCAGCAGCCGUGAGCGCAAAAUGUUCACCAGUCGAGGUCCUGAUCCAGAUUUUAUCAAGUUGGAUCAACAAAUUGAUGCUUGGUAUGAUCGGUUGCCAGCGGAUCUAAAGAAAGCACCGGCGGAUAUCGAACGGUAUCUGCAAGAACAUCCUAUGGAUGCAUGUCGUCAUUUGCUGAUUCGAGUCAUGUACAACACGUUGGUCAUCUUAUUGCACCGACCAGCACUUGCACUCAUGGAUACCAUGAAUUCAAACGUCGUUCAACAGAAUCUGAAAGACUUUUUCAACAAGAGCGCCGAGAAAUGUCUUGGUGCGGUUGACGUAGUGACUGAAAUCGUCAGUGCAAUUAAACAUGAUACACUCGUCGUUUCACCCUUCAUGACCUAUUUGACAUACACCGUGGCUACGAUUGUCGUGAACAAUGCGUUUUUUGCAAAACCAGAGGACGCGAAAAAGGCUCGAUCUGCUCUUACAGAACAUUUUGCCUUGUUACAGACCGUACGAUCUUAUUGGGCCAUGGCAGACAAACUGUAUUUCAUGAUUCGCGAUCUCUACGCUAUGCACAGCAAUUAUAUGCGACAAAAGCAAGCAUCUAUGAAGAAUACGCAAAACGAACAUUGGCAACAACAUCAACAACAACGUAUGGUAACAGCUGAAUCUUCAGUAAGGGAACAAUGGCCCACGAAUUUGCAACAAGGUGGUUGUAUUCAACAACAGCAAUCAUCAACGGCAGCGGUAGCAGUAGCAGCUGCUGCAACAGCAAUAGCAGAGCAACAACAACAACAACAACCAAUACCAGCACCGAAUCCUUUUUCAUCGUUUGACGUGACUCAAAUGGAAGAUAUGCCUUUACGCGGCAUGUCAUUGGCUGAUUUAGCAUUAUCAACCAGUGAUGGCGCAUCACGGACCAACUGGCUCUUGGGUGGCGACAAUUCAAAGAACCUUGCUGCAUCGAUGCAAGCACUAGGUCGGAUACCAAAUCAAAACAUUUUUCAAGUGAGUCCCAACCACCAGACAACGACCCCUCCUUUUCCUACUACAACAUCGGCUGAGCAUGAGCAUCAGCCUUGGCCGUAUGAUUUCUCUACGCCAGCCAUGCAACCACCGCAGCACCAGCACCAGCAACCUCCAUCAGUAGCAGCAGCAGCAGCAGCAGCAGCAGUACCACCAGUACAUGAUACGGCACCAAACAAUACCCGGCCUACUUGAACAAAAAUCUGUAAUCCUGCUGUAAAGUAAAAAGCCUAUCACGAUAGCAACACAUUUGAAAACAGAAUGUAUACACACAUU